AUGCCGAGAAGAAAUAGCAAUUUUCCAUCUAUACCAUUGGUGGCCACUAUUGACAUUGGUACAACUUCUGCCCGUGCCAUACUUUUCUCAGAUAAAGGUCAAGAAAUUGCCAAGCAUCAAAUUGAGUAUUCCACCACAGCAUCAGAGGCUCCUGAACACUCGCAAAACACUGAUCAAUUCAGAAGAAGGUCCUCGCUUUUGAGACACGACGAGCCGAUCUUCUCUGCAGAGGGUAUUGCCAUUUCGAUUGAAGAUAAUGUUGAAAUUGAGAAUAACAGAUCCUCGGUCGGACCAACGUUGCGGUUCCCACAGCCUGGUUGGGUUGAGUGUAUGCCAGUGCACAUCUUAGCUAACGCUGUGCAAUGUCUUGUUGCUUGUUUGAUCACCUUGAGGAAAAUCAACCAAAACCCCAAUUUGAAGGUUAAGUACAAGGUCAAGUGUAUUGGAAUUGCCAACAUGAGAGAAACCACUAUUGUUUGGUCAAGACGUACUGGUAAGCCAUUGAGUGGCGGUAUCACGUGGACAGAUGUGAGAACAGCAGAGAUUGUUCAACAUUUGGAGAAGAUGAUUGAUGAGGACAGGAAAGCCGAGUUGAGAGAAAAGACUGGGUUACCAUUGUCCACAUAUUUCUCGGCGGCCAAAUUAAGAUGGUUAUUGGAUAAUGAUGACACUAUAAGAGACAAAUAUGAGAGAAGCGAUGGUGAUCUCAUGUUUGGAACAGUUGAUACCUGGUUAAUCUACCACUUGACAAAGGAAAAGACAUUUGUGUCAGAUAUCACCAAUGCGUCAAGAACAUAUUUCAUGGAUUUGGAGACUCAAGACUAUGACGAUGAUCUUUUGGACUUUUGGGGAAUCGAUCCAACAAAGAUUAUGUUACCCAAGAUUGUCUCGUCCUCUGAGUUUUACGGGUCAUUUGCCGCACCAAAUUUGUCCAAUUUGGGAUUCCACAAUAAGAUUACCCAAGAGGCUUACGAUAUUCUUAAAACAAUUACUGGUGUUCCCAUUUGUGGAUGUUUGGGUGACCAAAGUGCCUCUUUGGUUGGUCAGUUGGCUUUUAAUCCUGGCUCAGCUAAAUGUACAUAUGGUACAGGUUGUUUCCUUUUGUACAACACAGGUAGUCGUAAGUUGAUAAGUAAACAUGGUGCGUUAACGACUUUUGGUUAUUGGUUCCCCACACAAGAUGGCGACAAGGGUAAGCCACAUUACGCUUUGGAAGGUUCUAUUGCUGUUGCUGGGUCGAUUAUUCAAUGGUUGAGAGACAAUUUAAAAAUGAUUGAGAAUGCCAAAGAUAUUGGUCCUCUUGCUUCACAAGUUGACAAUUCGGGCGGUGUUGUAUUCAUUCCAGCAUUCAGUGGUCUUUACGCACCUUACUGGGAUCGUGGCGCCAGAGGUACCAUUUUUGGAAUGACUCAAUACACUUCGGCAUCCCACAUUGCUAGAGCCGCAUUGGAAGGUGUUUGUUUCCAAGUGCGUGCUAUUUUAAAGGCUAUGGCUAAUGACGCUGGAUCAUCGGGCGAUUUCCUUGAGGAGGCUCUCAGCUCACAGUCUGAAAGUAAACCAUUGCUGCAUUUGGCUACUGAUGGUGGUAUGUCUAAAGCAGAUGAAGUUUUGCAAAUCCAAGCAGACAUCUUGGGUCCGUGUGUCGAGGUGAAGAGAGCCCAAAUUUCAGAGUGUACGGCAUUGGGUGCUGCAAUUGCUGCGGGCUUAUCGUUCAAAGAUCCUGAGGAGCGUAUAUGGAGAGAUUUGGAGGAUGUGGUUGACAAGAUUGAGGAGAAGGAUGAAGUGCUUUCAAACACAUUUAAAGCACAGCUACCCGAUGCUGAUAGGAGGAAAAACUGGAAGAGAUGGGAGAGGGCCAUUGAGAGAGCACAAGGAUGGUUACAAGAUGAAGAUUAA